UAGCAGUGCACAUGCAGGUCUGGUCUGCUCCAGGGAUUAUCCUAGCGCUUUCAGAUCUGAUGGAGGACAUGCAGGCAUGAAUAGGGCUGUUCUGUUGUCAGUGCAACCUCAUGCCAGUGAUGGACUACAGCCGGACGGGCACUAACCUUAGCUGGCAUUCACAAAACAGCCUUCCUCCUUAUUGAGACCAGCUCCACAGAAUGCUGAGUCCUAUUGUCCCUUAUAGCCUGUUAAAGAUGCACUGGAACCCAGAGCAUGCCCAGUCCCUCAGCCAGUGGCCUGAGCAGCACCUGGACGUCUCCUCCACCACCUCCUCUCCGGCCCACAAGUCAGAAUUUUACUCUGGCCGUAGCCGCAGCUCCUACAACUACGCCUGGGCCAAUGACGACAUCUCUGCCCUUACAGCCUCCAACUUGUUGAAGCGCUAUGCUGAGAAGUAUGCCGGCGUGCUGGACUCGCCAUAUGACCGGCCUUCUGCUGUGGGCACCUAUCCAGAGUCUGGGGCCUUUGGGAGCCUAAAUAACCAAAAGACUGAGCUGGAGCCUUGGCCACUGACGCACAGCACUGAAGCCUAUCCCCUGGGGCCUCCUGGAGGCCAUGACAGCCAUUCGGGGCCCAACGCAGCCAGUCCACGGCCCGGGGAUGGCAGCGUGUCAGUAUUGAACAGUAACCUUUCAGACUCAGGUUACAGUGGUAGCAGCUCCUGCAGUGGGUCCACUGAGUACCCCUCUCGCUACAAUGGCACCUAUCUUUCCUCAGGUUUUUGUCCGCAACCCAACGCAGCACUUCCCCCUGCCUCUCUCCACACUCUCCAAUCGACUCCCACUCUUGUGCCCAGCUAUAGCCCUGCCACGCCAGUCUACAACUACCCCCCCAGCACAUACCCUCCUCAGACCAGCCUUGCUCCUGGCUACAGCCACCCUUCUUCGACUUACCUCCCCUCAGGUCUACCGGCCCCUACCCCUGUUCCUUCAAGGCCCACUGUGGUAGGAGGCAGCUAUAGUUAUCAGAGCACAAGCCUUGGGACAUCUGAAUCUGGAGGGACAUUGAAAAGAAAAGCCUUUGAGAUGGGUGUUGAAGAUGAUGAGAGUGGGGACCGGUCGCGGUACAGGAAAUACAGCUAUGACCCUGUGAAGGCUGGGGGAAGCUCACCCUACAGUGUGAAUGAUAAAACGGAUUGCCAUGGAAAUGGCUUCAGUAGUUCAGGCAGCACAGACCCUCAGACCUUCAAGCCCAGUAAGCCCUCCUCUCAGCCCUUGGUGUCUCCUCAGUUUGGGGCGGCAGGGCAGUACAGCCCUCCAACAGGCAUGACGGGGGAGAAUGGCAUGACAGAACAGGGAUUCACCCAGCAGCAGCAGCAGCAUUCCCAGGCUGUCAAACACCCUCCAUUAUGUGCUCCAACUGCUGAGGCUAUGAAGAGUCCAGACCCGCGGCUGUUAGACCUCAUCAAUGGGGAGUUAUUGGACUGCAUCCCCGCAUUGGGCUGGGGUGAGCUGGCUGGACUCACACAUGUCAAAGCUGCCCUGGAGGAGGACCUGAUGUGGCCCGUGUUGAGGCCAAGUCCAGUGGUGCAGCCACCAAGAGCCGUCCUGCUGUUCGGCCCCAGAGGAGGGGGUAAGACGACAUUGACUCGCUCACUGGCUUCGCAGUUAGGGGCCUCCUUCUACCGUUUGAGUGGAACCAUGCUGGCCUCUAAAGGGAAGCCUGAGGCAGAACACAUUCUGGGGUCUCUGUUGCAGGUGGCGGGGGCACGGCAACCCUCAGUUGUGCUACUUAGUCAGGUGGAAGCCAUGGAAGAGGAGGGCCUUAGGCAGGUACUGCUGAGCACCCUGGAGAAAGCUCAGGUGGGGACCACAGGUCUGGUGAUUCUUGUAUGCGCCACUGGAAGGCCAGAUCUGCUGCAAGAUGCUGUCCAUCGGAGCUUUGCUAAGCGAUACCACGUCGGCCUACCAGAUGUGGCUCUGCGCAGAGAGGUGCUGCUGCAGGCUCUGUCGCCCCAGGGCUUCAGCCUGAGCGAGAGGGAGCUGAACGGUGUGCUGCAGCGCACGGAGGGCUUCACUGUGCGGGAGCUGCUGCAGCUCAGCCAGCAGGUGCUCUCGUCAGCAUCCUCCUCAAAUGGAGCCAUGCACGGCCUCACCACGUCCAGCAAACCCCCCGACUUUACAGACUUCGAGAAUGCCUUCUGCAAGGUGCGGCCACACACCACCGCAAAGGAACUGGACACUUGUGUAGAGUGGAGCAAGAUGUAUAGCCACUGAGAAAGCAGCCAGUCCCAGUACUCGGACUGCAUUAUGACCCUGUCUCUGCAUCGGCAUAGAAAGCCUUUGGAAUGUUUUUGUUUUUUGUAAUUACAGAUUAUUCAGCCAAAAGAGCCAGAGAAGCUCACAAACAUGGGAGAGAUGACAAGGUUGUUUCACUGGCAGAAGCAUGCAAUGAUGUGCUGUUUUUGUUUUGCUGUAAAUACCCGCAAUAUUUUGUUUUUCCCAAAGAAAAUAAGGAUGGGGCUUGUUUAAGUGUAUUAGUAGUUUGGCCAAUGGGAAAAUCAGAUAGCUGUUUUAUGACUCAGAGAUCCUGAUUAGCCUGGGUCCAGGACAAAAUCAAUUAUUUGUUGCAAGGUGAAGCGGUCCAAGCUUAUGGAUAAUCAGGGUUUGGAAAAUCCC